ACGAGCUCCAGGGGGAAAGCGCGAGUGUCUGGAGCACGGGAGCCAAAGAGAAGAGAAACACAGUCCGGACAAAACCAGCCGCUCGCCCCGCCAAAGAAUGGAGCUUUUUGAGACCAACCCCUACUUCUUUCCUGACCAGCGCUUCUACGAGGGCGGGGAGAACUUCUUCCCCUCCCGGCUGCAGGGGGGGUUCGAUCAGGGAGGCUACCAGGAGCGGCCAGUGAUGGGUCUCUGUGGGGACGGCAGGCUCCUGUCCUCCGGGGUGGGCUUGGAGGACAAGGUGUCCCCCGCGGCCGGCCUGUCCCCACACCAGGAGCACUGCCCCGGCCAGUGCCUGCCCUGGGCCUGCAAGGUAUGCAAGCGCAAGUCAGUGACCAUGGACCGGCGGAAAGCCGCCACUCUGCGCGAGAAGAGGCGGCUGAAGAAGGUGAACGAGGCCUUCGAGGCGCUGAAGAGGAGCACCCUCAUGAACCCCAACCAGCGGCUGCCCAAGGUGGAGAUCCUGCGCAGCGCCAUCCAGUACAUCGAGCGGCUGCAGGCGCUCGUCAGCUCCCUCAACCAGCAAGAGCACGAGCAGGCCGGCCUGCACUACAGGGGCUCGGCAGCCCAGAGGGUGUCCUCUUCCAGCGAUCAGGGUUCAGGCAGCACCUGCUGCAGCAGCCCCGAGUGGAGCAGCACCUCAGAGCACUGCGCCACCGCCUACAGUGCCACACCCGAGGACCUCCUGAACGAGGACUCCUCGGAGCAGCCCAACCUGCGGUCCCUGACUUCCAUAGUGGACAGCAUCACGACCGGGGAGGGGGCCCCCAUCACUUACUCAGGGGACAUUUCCAAAUAAGCCACCCGCCCCAGACCUGCC